AUGUCUAACCCACUAGACGCACCCGAAUCAGCCUCACCCCAAUCAUCUACUCCAGUCCCAGAGACUACCGAUACAACCUCGCCUAACAAGCACCAGCAGCCUCUUGCCAUCGAAGAUGCUCCUCACGAGGAAGUUGCAGCUCAAAAGGACGAAGAGGAAAUACAAUCCUUAGAUUUGGGAGAAGGAAAUGUAAUCAAGUUGGAUAAAUUAGGUCCCAUGAUCAUUAAUUCAGAUGGGACAUUAUCACGUAUACAGAAUUGGCAAGAGCUCCAUCCUAUAGAACAGGAACGCACAGUCAGGUUGUUGGUAAAAAAGAGGAAUCUGGUCAGAUUGCAGAAACUCGAUGCUGAGAAUAAAGCUGAAGGAGCAGAGGAGGAGGAAGAUAAGUUGACUGCGUUGAAAGAAGGAGGGAAGGAAUGA